AUAGACCUUCUUUUGUUUUGCCAAGAACUGAAAUUGAUCCAUCUUCUCUGCAUAUAAUUGUAACUUAGAGAAGAGAAAUCAUAAGAAAAUGAACCAGCUCAAAAACCAACUACAGGAUGUGCAUCCAUGUUCAUACCAGCUCUAAAGCAAAGGUUUUUGCGUCAAGUCACAAUCCAAAAAACGCCCAUGCGUUUCUCCGAAUCAUCUGAUAUCCUGUCUGUCUAGUUCAGAAGUCAUAAUGCAGACAAAACUCGGUGGCACAACAAACUAGGAGGCUGUUUGCUUAUUCUGUUUGCAAAGAACAGCGAAGCAAGCAUGAUGAUCACUCAUUAACCCCACCACGAGAUCCUGCUCCGUUUAAAGCGAGGGAUCACGUACCAAAAAAGAAUCGAUCUUUGUCCUGGAUUCAGUGAAUAGCCCCUUUUGUGCGGGAUACAUGGCAAAACCUAACAAGUUACUUUGUGCUUUUUUGGCUCAUAUUUUAGCUAUAGUAGCCACCAUUUCCGGGAAUAUUUGGUUUGCUCUGGGGGCAUCUUCCUCGGAUCCGUUUGUUCAGCAACAACUGGACAGGGUUGAUAGGCUGCCGGGUCAAACGUUUAACAUCGAAUUCGCACAUUACUCUGGGUAUGUCACAGUCAACCAGGAAUCUGGGAGGGCACUGUUUUACUGGUUCUUCGAAGCUGCUUCAGGCCCUGAAACGAAGCCACUUGUUCUAUGGCUCAAUGGAGGACCUGGCUGUUCCUCCAUUGCCUAUGGGGAAGCAGAGGAAAUUGGUCCCUUUCACAUUCAGCCAGAUGGCAGGACCCUUUAUCUAAAUCCAUACUCUUGGAAUCAAGUUGCCAACAUUCUUUUUCUUGAUUCUCCCGUUGGAGUUGGAUUUUCGUAUUCAAACACUUCAUCCGACAUAGAGAACAAUGGGGAUAAGAGGACUGCUGACGACUCGUUGGAAUUCCUAUUGAAGUGGCUUGAGCGGUUUCCUCAGUAUAAAGGAAGAGAUUUCUUUAUCUCCGGUGAAAGCUAUGCAGGGCAUUAUGUUCCCCAACUUAGCCAGGUUAUUGUGAAUUACAACAAGAACGCCAAAGAAAAAGUUAUCAAUCUGAAAGGUUACAUGGUAGGAAAUGCUCUAACUGAUGAUUACAAUGAUCACAAGGGAGUUGCCCAGUUUUUGUGGUCAUCCGGUUUGAUUUCUGAUCAAACAUAUCAGCAAAUGAACCUUCAAUGUGAUCACGAGUCUUUCAUAAAUCCUUCAGAUUCAUGUGUAAAAACUUUAGAUAAUGCUGACAAAGAAAUUGGCCUCGUUGAUCAGUACAGUAUUUUCACUCCUACAUGCGCUGCUAAUGUUAGCCAGGCAAACCAGCUGGUGAAAAGAAAGCAUAAAAUUGGCAGACUUAGAGCCGUAUACGAUCCUUGCACUGAGAAGCAUUCCACUAUAUACUUCAAUCUACCUGAGGUCCAGGAGGCUCUUCAUGUUGAUCCAGCUCACAGGCCUGCUGAAUGGCAGACCUGCAGUGACAAGGUACGUGGAAACUGGAAGGAUUCUCCAUUGACAGUGCUUGAUAUUUACCGUGAACUAAUUCAGGCGGGACUGAGGAUAUGGAUGUUCAGUGGUGACACAGAUGCUGUGAUCCCAGUGACAUCCACUCGCUACAGCAUAGAUGCUCUGGAACUUAAAACUGUGAGACCUUGGCGUCCUUGGUAUGACGAUGGGCAGGUGGGAGGAUGGACACAAGAAUAUGAAGGACUCACUUUUGUGGCAGUAAGGGGGGCAGGGCACGAGGUUCCUCUGCACAGACCAAAAUAUGCUCUCUCUCUUAUCAAAGCCUUCCUUGCUGGAACUUCCAUGCCUUCCCUUGACCUUCAGCUUGUCAGUGCCUCUUGAAAUCCACUUUCCAUUUUGUUCCACUUCAGACUCUAAUUAAAUCUUCAAUUUAGCUUUUGAAGCUGUGUCACUUCUCUAAUAAAUUCUUGCUCUCCAGUCCUUUUGCCAUAUGUGCAACACAGUUCAUUAUAUCUGCUAUUUGUACUGUUGGAAAACUCAAUGUACUGAAUAUAAGUUAAUCCAAGUCUUUUUUUUUUUAACAGUAUAA